ACACCACAACCUGCAGAUGGCGCUGUUUUAGCAGUUUCUAAGUGCCGCGUGAGAGUCAGCGCAACAUAAACACAUCUCUUCUGUAUUUUCGUUUAAUAAUAUUCCACGUUGACAAACACUCCGAUUUUGUUGCUCAGCUUGUUAUUACUGUUGAACACAGGAUGGAUUUCACAAUCCGGGCCGCCACGCUCGAGGACUGUAAGGACAUCUCGCGCAUGAUACUGGAACUGGCAGAGUAUGAGAAAGUUCCUGACCAGGUCAAGAUUACUCAAAGAGAUCUGGAGCAGGAUGGAUUCUCCAAAAACCCUUUUUUUCAUGGAAUUAUUGCUGAAGUGCCAGAGCAUCAUAAGUCUAGAGAGGGUCAUACCAAGGUUGGUUACUCUCUGUACUUCUACACAUACAGUUCAUGGAAGGGUCGGGCGGUGUACAUGGAGGAUCUGUAUGUGAUGCCAGAGUUCAGAGGGAAAGGCAUUGGCAAGGCUCUGAUGUCCAAAGUUUCCCAGCUUGGUCUGGCUGCUGGUUGCACCCAGCUGAAUUUCACUGUGCUGGACUGGAACAAAUCAUCUCUUGACUUCUACCUAAAGCAGGGCUGCUGGGAUGUGACCUCCGACCUCGGCUAUCACUGCAUGCGCUGUGAGGGCGAUGCCCUUGAACACUUGGCCCAGGGGGACCUUUAAAAUUUGAAGCACAUAGAUAACCCCUGUCAACCCCUGACCAGAGCCACAAGUAACAAGUUUGUUUGAUAAGCACAGGAAGACAGUAAACUGCCAGUUAAAAUGGGAAAAAUGGAAUAAGUACCAUGCUCAUAUCCUACAUACAUUUUCUGCAACUUUAUGAGGCUAUAUAAACGAGCGUUAUUGCAGAGAACAACAGACAGAAGAUGCUGCUUAUUUAUGUUGCCUCAAAAAGUGCAUUACAUAUUCAAUUGUGAAGUCUGGCCUAACCAAAGAUUCAGAAGUGCACUGUUGUGGAAGUGAAAUUGUUACAGUUGGUGUUGUUACAAUUAUUUGUAUUUAGAACUCUUGUUCUUAGAUAUUCUAUUUAAACAGCCAUUUUAGUAUUCAGCCAUAUAUUAUGCGUCAUUUUAUUUGUACAUUUGAACAUCUGUUUGAUCACAUCUAGUGGGUCUCGCUAACAAAACCACUUGAUCAAAAAUUAUACACAAGUAGUGUUCCAAAACUGUUGUAAUAUAUGAAGAACUGCUUGGUACACAAGAGUCAUAGCCACCUAGAAGAUGAAGAUGUGUCUGUUUAUGCUGUACGUGCACAGAUAUGAGCCACAUACUUUUCUCAACUGACUUUUGGUAAUUGUUACCAAUCAUAACAGAGAAUAAUCUCACUAAAAGUAGAAAAAUGUACUACAAUUGUAAAUUAGCUAAAUCCUCUCCUAUGUGUUAUUGGUUAGUGAAACCAUGCUUGGAGUUUGCUUUUCUGAAUUGUUUACUUUGCCUUGUAGAUUAUUUGUGUGCAAUUUUUAGUAACCAGAUAUUUUAUGUUUAUUGCCAAAAGGUCUUUGGCAAGAAACUCUUGUGCUGUUACUGAAUACAUCAUAAACGUGAACAACAUACAACCCGUAAGUACCUCAGUCUCUAAAUUUAGUUAGUAAUUAGUAACAUUUUAUGACCCGUUAGGAUGGAACUGUUAUUUUGUAGCACUUUAGAGAAGGUCUGUGUAGCCUCAUUGUAAAGAUGAUGGCAAAAAAGGAUACAUUGUUACUAGCUGCUGUAUCCAAUGUACUGUGGAGUCUGUUGUUCUAUCGGCCAUUGAUAAAAGUACAUUUGUCCAUGGUUUCGCUACAUGUGUUUUUACUCGACUAAAAGCUUUUUAAACAUUGUGAUCUAGAUUAGUUUUUAACAAAACUAUGCACAAGUAAUCAUAAAAUAAACACAGUAAAUGCCAUCAAAGCUCACUUCUGAAUCAAUGACCAUAAGAUUAAUCGUAACUGGAAGCAGGAUUCACAUUUGGCCUGCAGAUCACCACAUUUCCAAACUGCUGAUGCGCCAAACAUGUUGUACUUACCAAACCUUAGGCAACAGCGACAUCAAGAGGUCACCCGGAGAAGAGAUUAACGAUAUACCACAUUUAGGACUUUUUCCAGCGCACUUCACUGAGGAAUUUAAGUAGUAUUUCAAUGUUAAAAAUAACAGUUGCGGGGUGCAUAUGUUGUUUCAUUUAAUCCUGUAAAUGCUCAACCGAUUGACAGGUCAACGUUUCGUAAAAAAAAAAACGCUGUGAAUCAGACCCAGGCUCAUUUUCUGACUCAUAAUAAUCAAACUCACUGCCAGGAAACCAUCCAGUUGUUUGGGAUUUUUGGAAGGGAAAAGGCAGAGCAAAAUUAGACACAUCUUCACAAUAUUGACAUUUAUGUUAGGAAAUGAUUAAGCAAUGAUUAGACUGCGCUGUUUGUCAUUUUAGAAACCAUAGAGGAGAUUUUAAAAAAAGACACCAGGAAAAAGCUUAUACAAAAUAUUACAUUAAGAUUCAAAGAUAAAAGCAUGUCAUUUGAAGGUAGUACAGGUUAAUAUUUGAAUAAUCCCUGCUAAUAGCAGGCACAUAAAGUGUAUUUAUAGGCCUACUAUAUAAAAUAAGCACAUGGUUUCAUUCAUUUUACAAAAAGAAUAUAAAUGUGUAUUGCUGUUUUUUUUGUUGUUGUUGUUGUUGUUGUUGUUGUUAUGAAAUAGUGCAUGUGGU